AUGGGCAAUAGCUGCAGUUCGUUCAAGUUAUAUCUCGAGAAGAAGGUAAGUUAACGGCAGGUACAGUACGAUUAUUAAGUGAAAGGCGCGCGCAGGUCGCCGGGUCGAUCACGAAGCGCACGCUCGCGGCCGACGCGAAACCGAUCACCAAGGACGGCCAGCCGGAGCCGCCCGAGCUCGCGGCGAUCCACGACAGCUGGGACGCGUUAUUGGCCAACCACCUGAGACCGUCGGGCGCGCCGGUCGACGGCGUGAAAUUCGCGGCCGUCUCGUACCUCGAGCUCGCGGCCGAGGACGGCUUCGCCGCGCUCGUCGAGUCCAUCGCGAAGGUCUCGCCGAAUGCGGUCAAAUCAUGGCCGCCGAACGCCCAGUGCGCCUUCUACAUCAACGCCUACAACAUCCUCUGCGCGGAGCACGUCUGCCGCACGAUCAGAAACGGCGGAGGCCUGCCCGCGUCUGUCAAGGACUGCGUGCCCGAAGGUUCGAAGAAGAAGGAGAUCUGGGACGUCCCCGCCGGGGCCGUCGCGGGCCAGACGCUUAGUUUGAACGAGAUCGAGCACGGCGUCAUCCGCACGCGCUGGGACGAGCCGCGCGUCCACGCCUGCGUCAACUGCGCCUCGCGGUCCUGCCCGGAUUUGCUUGGGCAAGCGUAUCGCGGCGACCUGUGUGGAAAUCAACGAGUGAGUUAGGUUAACGUGGCGUCGACGGCCUGGCAACUCCACGCCAUCGAGCAGACGCAGCUACGGAAUAACAUCGCGUCGACACAGGCGGCGACGACCGCCUCGACUACCAGCUCACGGCCCAAUUCAAGCUCUGGCUCCGGGACGAGACGAAGGGUCUCACGCUCGACGACGCGAGGAAGCCCAUGCUAUCGCGCAUCUUCCUCUGGUACGCCGGCGACUUUGAGACGAGGGGCGGGUCCCCCGCGUACGCCGCGCAGUACGCGCCCGCGGGCGCCGCGAGAGACGCGCUCGCGACAAUGGCGCCGAGCUACUUCGCCUACGACUGGAACCUCAACACCCAGUAGGA